ACAUGGAGACCCCACACAGGCAGAAUGAAGUGGAUUACAAAUUGGUAGACCAUGUGGUCCACUGAGAGCAUGGAGCCGGAGAAAGCACAAACCCAGAGCAGCUUCUUCAGCAAGGUGGAUGUGCCUGACCAUGCUCACUACAUCGUGGCUGGAUUCGUAUUUGUCAUUGGGACACUGGGCAUCACUGGGAACGCCCUGGUUAUGUUUGCCAUCUAUAGCAAUAAGAAGCUCCGUAACCUGCCAAACUACUUCAUCAUGAACCUGGCGGUCAGUGACUUCCUCAUGGCUUUCACUCAGUCUCCCAUCUUCUUCAUCAACUGUCUGUACAAGGAGUGGGUGUUUGGAGAGAUGGGGUGUAAGAUGUAUGCUUUCUGUGGAGCCCUGUUUGGCAUCGCCUCCAUGAUCAACCUUCUGGCCAUCUCCAUCGACCGUUACCUGGUCAUCACCAAGCCGCUGCAGACCAUCCACUGGAGCUCCAAACGACGGACCGCUCUCGCCAUCGUCUUGGUCUGGCUUUACUCUCUGGCGUGGAGUCUGGCGCCUCUGGUUGGCUGGAGCUCCUAUAUCCCCGAGGGACUGAUGACCUCUUGUACAUGGGAUUAUGUUACAUACACGGCAGCCAAUAGGAGCUACACAAUGAUGCUGUGCUGUUUUGUCUUCUUUUUACCACUGGGAAUCAUCUUUUACUGCUACCUUCUGAUGUUUCUGUCUAUAAGGAAAACAAGCAGGGAGGUGGAGCGUCUUGGGACUCAGGUGAGGAAAUCUACCCUCAUCCAACAGAAGUCCAUCAGGAGCGAGUGGAAACUGGCAAAGAUCGCCUUUGUUGUCAUUGUGGUGUAUGUUCUUUCUUGGUCGCCAUACGCCUGUGUCACACUGAUCUCCUGGGCUGGGCAUGCCAACAUCUUGUCGCCCUACUCCAAGGCUGUGCCUGCAGUCAUAGCAAAAGCCUCUGCAAUCUACAAUCCGAUCAUCUAUGCUAUCAUACACAACAAAUACAGGAUGACCCUGGCAGAGAAAGUUCCCUGCUUGUCGUUUCUGUCUCCAACUCCUCGGAAAGAGUGCAUCUCGUCCUCCAUCAGCGAGUCCUCUCUCAGGGACUCCGUCAUCAGCAGACAGUCCACAGCAUCAAGGACUCACUUUAUCACCUCCAAACCAACCGACAGGGUAUUGAAGGAUGUGGAAAUGGAGCCGCUGGGCAGGAAACCAGGGGAUUCCUUCAGAAGCAUGUCAUCGUAUAGUCAGUCCUGCAGAGGAAAAUCCUACAAGAAACAAUAUGAGCAGAAGAUGAUCAGGACCCACACAACUGAGAGGCACCCAUCUACCGUGAGUGAUCCACUGAGCACCUGUGACCACGAGUUGGUUUCCAGCUCUCUGACCAUCGCCACUCUUCCCCUGCUAGUUCUUACCAAGAGACGCAGCCAGAGUCUGACCAAUGAGAUUUCAGAUGCACGCAACCAAGGAGGCAGCGUCUGUGACAAGCCCAGCGCCCGCAGAAGCGACUCCUUUGACUCGCUCAACUUUUGUCAAAACUCACUCACCCACCCCGGCACACCGCAGAGUGUCCCACGAAUAAUCGUCAUCAGUCCCACUGCUGAGAGCAGCCUCAUCAAACAGGACAGCGUCUGCUUAGAGGACAGCAUUGAGGCAAUGGAGAACAAUGUUUUUGUGAGCCUGAACUUCUCAUCAGAGGUCUUUGAGGCGGUGGAACUUCUUACUUGACCAACUGGACUUUGUGAUGACCUUCUCUCUUUUUUUACACCAAUGUUACAUUAUUUAUUUCAGGA